GGAUUGCAGGACGACAGGGUGGCAGGAAGGGAGGAUGGGAGGACGGCAGUAAGGGAGAAUGGGAGGAUGGGAGGAUGGCAGGAUGGCAGGAUGGAAAGGUGGGAGGCUGGCAGGAUGGGAGGAUGGGAGGCUGGCAGGAUGGGAGGAUGGGAGGCUGGCAGGAUGGCAGGAUGGCAGGAUGGCAGGGUGUCGCGUCGAAGCCCCGCCAUCGGAUGGUAGGAUGGGAGGAUGGGAGGAAGGGAGGAUGGUCGGAUGGUCCAGUGGUGGGAUGGCAGGAUGGGAGGAUGGCAGGAUGGCGGAAUGGCAAGAUCGGAGGAUGGUAGGGCAGCAGGAUGGGAGGAUGGGGGGAUGGGAGGAUGGCAGGAAGGAAGGAUGGCAGGAUGGGAGGAUUGCAGGAUGGCAGGAUGGCAGGAUGGCAGGAUGGGUGGAUGGGAGGAUGGGAGGACGGGAGGGUGGUGGGAUGGGAGGAUGGGAGGACGGGAGGGUGGUGGGAUGGGAGGAUGGUCGGAUGGUCGGGUGGUGGGAUGGCAGGAUGGCACGACGGUCGGGUGGAGCGGUGGAGCUAGACCAUUGUAUGGUGGGGUGUCGCGUUGAAGUCCGACCAUCGGAUGGUGGGGUGUCGCGUCGAAGCCCCGCCAUCCGAUGGUGGGGUGUCGCGUUUAAGCCCGACCAUCGGAUGGCGUGGCGCAACGAUGGGGUGAUGGCGACAUGGUCGAACGGUUGUGCGGCUGGACGUUUGAAGGUGCACGGUUCAGUCAAAGACUUCCUCGACGUGCGUAUUGGUGGUUACUCCACUCCGCACUUGUUCAAGUUCUAUAUGGACGGAGACAACCCUGCGAUGGUCUACAAAGAGCAUUGCAAUGACAGUGAAUGGAUGCCGGAGGGCGGAGCAAUUUACUGGUUCAAGCGGGAUAGAUACGGGAGAUGGGCGGGGCCGUCUUUUCCGUUGGAACAGUUUGCCUUGAAGUUGAACUUGGACAACGGAGACUUUGUCAAACGUCGCCAAGGUGUCAGUGCCUUGGUCGAGGAGUGGAAAGACGAGCGACCAGAAUUCGAGAAACACGAAGAAUGGAAACGUCAGUUGGAAAUAAGUCGUCUGGACUACUGGGACAAACAGUCAGACAUGUUCAAUAAGCUGGAACAGGAAAAAACCUCGCAACCUGCUCCGUUGUCAACUCCGUUCUGGCCAACACGGAUGACGGGAAGCGUAGAAGAGGUGAAGGUGAAACUUUCUAUUGCCGAUUCGCCGCCGAGGAAACCAUGUUUCGUAGGUUAUAAAAGUGAUGCCCCGAAACCGGAGUUCGACCCGACAAAGCAUAUUGAUAUCGGUUGAUGGUCGGGCGCUCGGAUGGCAGGACGGUGGGGUGGUCGGGUGGUGGGAUGCGAGGAUUGGAGGAUGGGAAGAUGGCAGAAUGGCGGAAUGGCAAGAUGGGAGGAUGGUCGGGCGGCAGGAUGGCAGGAUGGCAAGGUUGCAGGAUGGAAGGAUGGCAGAACGGUCGGAUCGAGCGGUGAAGCUCGACCAUCGUAUGGUGGGGUGUCGCGUUGAAACCCGACCAUCGGAUAGUGGGGUGCCUUGUUGAAGCCCCCCAUCGAAUGGUAGGAUGUCGCGUCGAAGCCCGACCAUCG